GGGAUGUGGGGAGCCAUGGGCUUGCAUUCCUCUUUUAUCACAGGACGUUCCUUUCUCCUUCUCUCUCUCCAGAAAUUGAUCUGGUAUUGGAACGAUGGAUCUGUCUUCUCUCAACCUCUCUGGGACGGCCGCAGCAUCAGCACCUCCAUCUCUACAUACGAAUGUGUCUCCCUGUCUCCUUCAGGUUCCACGAAAUGGACCCAGCGUUCCUGUACGACUAGUUUGCCAUUCCUUUGCAAAUUCAAGGCCAGCUAUUAGGCCUGAACUGCCACCCUCGGCCUGAGAGGAGCACCCAAGGACCUCCAGCUUCCUGACAGGUCCGAGGCCAGCCCCUUUUCCCCAACUGCUCUGUUCACCUGCAGGAAAUCUACCCCCUCCCCUCCUCUAUUGGCCUGGAGCAGAAAAAAAAACAAGAGGCGUUUCCCAAAAUAAAUCCAGUUUGGACUCUUGAUUCCACCAAGACCUAGCCAACAGUA